CAAUAUCGCUGUUACUGUUACAGCUCAGCUGGCUGGACAGAGCAAAGUGACACCCUGGAACUGGUGGUGACAGGAAACUACAACAGUAAACCCACUCUGUCAGCCCUACUCAGAAAUGUGGUGACCUCAGGAGGGAACAUGACUCCCCAGUGUGUCUCAUGGGAGGGAUUAGACAAGUUCAUUCUCACCAAAGAAGAUGAGAAGUUCUCUAGCUCCCUGGACUCACAGUUUAUAUUCACUAAUGUGCGCUACCAAGCCACGUUCUCUAUGGGUCCUGGGACCCCAGUGCACAGAGUGACAUUCCAACAUUAUGGUUACUUGAAAAAUACCGCACAAUUGUGGUCAGUACUCAGUGACACCCUGAAAAUCCACAUCUCAGGAGAAUCAGCCACAUCAUUGUCCUAUGGCCUGUCCAUGAAGCCCUCUCUGCUGACUCACCAAGGCCAUAUCCUGGACCCUGGAAAGAACCUCAUCCUGCAGUGUUCCUCUGACAUCAACUAUGACAGAUUUGCUCUGUACAAGGUGGGGGGAGCUCACUUCACCCAGCACUAUGGCCAGAGGACCCAAGCUGGCCUCUCCUUAGCCAACUUCACACUGGGAAAUGUGAGCAGCUCUACUGCAGGGCAGUACAGAUGCUAUGGUGCACACAAGCUCUCCUCUGAGUGGUCAGCCUCCAGUGAUCCCCUGGUCAUCAUGAUCACAGGUCAGCUUCCUGACAGUCCUUUCCUCUCAGGGAAGCCAAAUUCAACAGUGCAGUCUGGAGACAACGUGAUCCUGCUGUGUCAGUCAACAUACACGACAGACACUUUCAUUCUGUCCAAGGAGGGAGCAGCACACCAACCCCAGCGAAUGAAAUCCAAGUCCCAAGAUGGGGAGUUCCAGGCAGAAUUCUCCAUGACUGCUGUGACCUCUGCCCUCUCAGGCACCUACAGGUGCUACAGGUCUAGAGGCUCAUCUCCCUACCUGUUGUCACAUGCCAGUGCCCCUGUGGAGCUCUCUGUCUCAGGACCCCUUGGAUCCUUCAGCCCACCACCCCCAAGUCCCUUGCCAACUGCUGGCCUGGAAAUGUACCUGAAGGCUCUGAUUGGAGUCUCUGUGGCCUUCCUCCUGUUACUCUCCAUCCUCAGCUUUCUCCUUCUCCGAAGAAGGCGUCAGGGAAAGUUCAGGAAGGAUGCCCAGAAAGAGACAGAAUUGCAGCUUCCUGCAGGAGCUGCAGAGCCAGUAACCAGAGACAGAGGCCCCCCAGGAAGAAAUCCUAUGUGA